AUGGUACCCAUCAGGGCCAGCACGCCGCCCAAGAAGAAAAGUCUGGUGCCCAACUUGAUGGAGAAGGGCCUGAUGGUCCUCUGGAAAGUGGCCGGCCGGGCCCAGCAGGCCCCAGAAAGGAAACUUCACCCCAAACAGCGUUCCCCCAGCAAGUCGGCUCAGGCGAUCAGCAACUACGCCCGGAGGAUGCGCGAUUUCAACAUCAACGCCAGCCCCGGGGACAGCGGCUUCGCGUUCCAAGUGGAGGAGAUUUGGAAGAAGUUUCUCACGCGUCCCGGCUGCCCCCAGUUCAGUACCCGCCCCACAUCCAUGACCCACCACGGUUCAGCCACGACCCUACCUCUGCCCGAGGACCUGUGCGUCGGCUCUGAGACCUGGAAGAUGACCAAGGCCCUUCCCUCAGACACAAAGGUGGAUGGCCGCCUCCUUCCCUAUAGCAAGAGCGCCUGCGAGUUCAGUUACCCGCGGAGGACGAGCGAAUCCCAGGUGCCGAGCCCGGCCCCCGGCAGCCCGGUCCUGCUGCAGAGCCGCCCGAGGAAGCCCUGGUACAUCUCUGUCAUCCACGAGAAGGAUCAGUGCCUGCUCGUGCUGAGGGAGGAAGUCCAGCGGCUCUCAGAGCUGGAGGUGAAGGUUCAGAAGAAAGAUGAGGAGCUCCUGGCUCUCUUGGAGGAGAGGGAGGCCCUGAAGAAGCAGCUGAAGUGCCUCCUGAAGGGCAAAGGCCAGGAGGCCUUGCUGGGCACAGGCCCUGUGGCCCUCACCCAGGCCAAGUGCUCAGCUGCCCUUGAGGGGAACCGGGCAAGGGUGGCUGGGUGGCUCCUGGAGAAGCAGCCCCAUCUUCUCCCGCCAGGGGUGCUGACUCAAGAAGAGCCCCCCAUGACCGACAGAGACAGGGACCUGGCAGGGGGCAGCUGCAAGGAGGAGGAAGACGGCCUGGAAGGGGAGGCGGCGAGGGCCGGUGGGAGCAGGAAGGGGACUCUGCAGGACAAGGGAGGCGAGGAGGAGGAGGAGGAGGAGGUGAAGGAGGAAGAGGAUGAGGAGGAGGGUGAGCUGCAGGACGAGGCCAUGGGCAGGAGGAGGGCUGGCUCCGUGGACGAUGCCUUUGAGGAGGAGCUGAUGGCGCAGCUGGAGGCGUACGAGCACCUGCUGCAGGAGUUCCAGUUCCAGCUGGAGGUCGUCCAGACCAGAUACUCCCUUGCAACCGGAGCCAUCACAUCCUUAAUGCGACAAAUAGAGUUCCAAGAGUCCCAGCUGCAGAAAGUCACCACAGAAAAUGAGAUGCUGCAGAAGGAGCUGCGGGAGCGGAAGCAGCAGCUGCAGGCCAUGUCUGACAAGUUCUCCAACCUCCGGGAAGACAAGAAGCACCAGGAGGUGACAGGGCUCAUCCAGAGAGACAACCUCCUUCUCCAACAGCAAGUGUGGCAGCUGGAGAAAGAAAUCGCCAAGCGGGAACAGACCAUCUCGGAACUCGAGGCCAAGGUCAGCCAGCUGCAGACUGAGGUGAACCAGAACCAGAACCACCUGCAGAGGCGGAAGCAGCUGCAGGAAGAGAUGCAGAACAAGAAUGAGAUGGUCCAGCUGGCGGAGCAGCAGGCCCGGGUGGCCCUGGAGAGCGCCCAGUCCCGGCUUGAAAGACUAAGAAACAAGAUCAUCCAGGCUGCCUUUAACACCCUAGGGAUCAAGUCCUUGGCCACUGAGAUCUCUGACAGUGAUAUCCUGGAGGCCUUGCAGCGGGUCAUCUCAGAGAGGACUGACUACUACAACCAGCUGAAACAGAAGGGUGUCAAAGUGCCCCCCCUGCAGCAGUCGGAGAUCUUAUCCUCCACCGGCAAGUCCAAGAAGAUAAGCUCCAAGUAG